AUGGCCAACACCGAAUUCUCCUACGUCAAAACCUUUGAAUCAAACGACGUCUUACCCCCUUCGCAAUGGAUCGUCAUCCGCAUCGACGGCCGCGGCUUCAGCAAAUUGUGCAUCAAAUACAAUUUUCAAAAACCCAAUGAUGCGCGUCUCAUGCAUCUCAUGAAUUCGGCUGCCGAGCGCGUUUUGCAGGCUUUUCCGGAUAUGGUUUUGGCGUAUGGACAGAGUGAUGAGUUUUCGUUUGUGUUGCAUGAGGAUACGAGGUUGUUUGAGAGGAGGAGUGCGAAAUUGAGUUCGAGUGUUGCCACGAUGUUUACGGCGGAGUUUUGUAUGGGGUGGGUGGAUGCGAUGGGGGUGGAGGUGGGGGGUGAUGGGAAAUUAGAGAGACCAUGGCCGACAUUUGAUGGGAGAUGUAUUUGUUAUCCGAAGAAAAAGAUUAUACGAGAUUAUUUGGCGUGGAGACAAGCGGAUUGUCAUAUUAAUAAUUUGUAUAAUACGACGUUUUGGAACCUGGUGUUGAAAGGUGGGAUGAGUGGGACGGAGGCGGAACAGGAGUUGAAGGGAAGUGUGGCGAGUGAUAAGAAUGAGAUUUUGUGGAGUCGGUUUGGGGUGAAUUAUAAUCAGGAAUUGGAGGUGUGGAGGAAGGGGACGGUCAUGUAUAGGGUGUAUGAUGAUGUUGGUGGUGGUGGUGGUGGGGAAGAAAAGGGUGUGGAUGCAAAGAGCAAAAGUCAAUUGGAAAAGGAGAGGAAGAGAAAGAUGAAGGCGAAGAUUGUGCAGGAACAUACUGAUAUCAUCGGCGAUGGGUUCUGGGAGAAGAGGCCUUACAUCCUCGCAACAAGGGGUGCGGAGUGA